GUUAUUAGGGAACCCUAUACAAAUCUCAUCUCAUCAUCGAAGCUCAGAUCAAGAUGCGGGUCUGAUUUUGUGAGACUGUACAAAAGUGCAGCAGUACUUAUAUACAGCUCACUUUCAUUCGAUAUUUGAUAAAAGCAACAAGCUCCCCCACUUUUUGAUUUGUGGUUUCGGCUUGUUAGAAACUCUUGAGAUUCACUGUUCACUAACCCUUUCGUCGCGUGUAAAAGGGGUCCUGAGAUAAGCAGAUAUCUUUGACGGUGACAAGAGAGAACUCCAUCUGGGAGGGUGAAUAGAACUUAAGUUAUUGCGUUCUCUUACCUCGAUCAGGUACCAUCAGUUCUAUACCAUUUGAAGUCGAUCUUUCUAUAUAACAAGGUUAUAUUAACCGUUCUCUCAUAAACUUUCAUUUUCUGCAAACGGAAAGCUCUGUGUUGGUAUUUUUGACUAUCAUAGUCACUUGCUACGCUCAAUAUGCCCUCUAAUGAGUCACUAGAUGGCCUUGCCACCAACGGCAAUAAACCUAUUCACUCUUUGGAUUUCCCACAACUUUACAAACGACCAUCAUUCUUGGAACUAUUGCAAGUAUUGGAAUUACUGAAACUCCCACCACCUUCUUGGGAUUCAGAAUCCAGGAGGUCUCAAGAAUCCGAGGAUGCUCAAGGCAUAUCUCGUUACUUAACUAAAAUAAUUGGAAGCGAACUUGAUUGGUUGUCCAUAGGAGUAUCCGAAGAGGAAUGGGAACAACAAUGUGAGACUAUCCAUGAGCUUGCUAGCAAGAGGCUGGCUGAACGUUGUGGGCGCUCAGCAAUGCCAGAAAUGAUCCGUACUUGGACCAUCCCAACAUCUGGAGAUUCAGAAGACCUCGCUAUUGAAUUGUGUGAGCCUCCGCUCACUGGCGAUAGCUUGGGUCUCAAAACAUGGGGUACUUCCUUCGUAAUGGCUAAGAAGCUGGAGGAGCUGGGAAACCUCUAUUUCAGCGGUGUUCUUCCCAGCAGUGAUUUGACUGGGCAAAAGAUUGCAACUUCACAAAAUGGCCAAACUGUGGAAAGUGAGUCAACAGUAGAGAUUCAGUUGACAAUGGGGUACGACGAGACAUUGAACGGCAACACUAGAAUAAAUGGCAAUACCGUGAUAUUAGGAGAAACUAUGAUGGCCAGUGAGCCGAGCGUGGAAAGGGGUGUGAUGCAUCAAGGAGUCUCCUCGAGACAGGAUGUCUACAACGAAGGGAAAAUCCUAGAGCUUGGUUCUGGUACUGGACUUCUUGGAUUGACAGCAGCUAUGCUUUGGAACAAGACCACCAUCUUAACUGAUCUUCCUGACAUUGUUCCAAACCUGGAUGUUAAUCUCAAGAGAAAUGGUUUCGGUCACACUUCUGAAACUAAAGUCAGUGCAGAAAUCCUAGAUUGGAGUGACGCAGAACACUCCGUGGUGUUCAGUCACAGCCCAAAUGAUAAGUUUGAGAUGAUUCUUGUUGCCGAUCCCUUCUAUGAUUCUCACCACCCUCCUCUUCUUGCGGGGGUGAUCCCGAAGUUCCUCAAGAAUAGUCAAGAUAGUCGUGUGUUGGUAUCAGUACCACUAAGAGACAAUGCAACAAAGGCAAUGAAAGAUAACUUUGAGGAACUGAUGUCUAUUCAAGGAUACCAAUUAGUGGCUAGUGGUAGAGAACGUUGCUUCGAUGAUUGGGAAGAUUCAGAACGGGACGACGAUGAUGAUGGCGUGCACUGCUGGUGGGGUGUCUGGAAGCACGAUGUAGCGGCAUCUGCUCCUAUGAGCCUAUGAGUUUAUACAUAUCUAUCUGCUAAUUUCCACGAGUUGUUCGUUAAUGAAAUGAAUUGUGAAUCUUAUAGUGGCAAAGCAAAAGUUAUGUGGUUGGCAUGAUGGCAAAAUCAUGUACAGUCAGGAUGCUUUGUAGAUUGAUUCAGGAUCUAUUCCCUUCCUCCAAAUUCUUGUUCUUGGUAUUCAGAUAUGCGUUCCUCAUUCAUAGAUGGAUUGCAUCCCCAUUUCAAGUAACUUUCCCUAUCACUAUCCAAUGAUAUAUAGCCCCAUGAUUUCGCCUGCUAUACCAUGAUGCAUUCGCUCAGGGCACCUGUUCUUAUUCUUUGCUUGACAGGUAAUGCAUGUCGGAUUUGUUUUUCUAUCGCCAGUUAAGAAAUGAGAACACGAAUGUACCGCAACACAAAAAGAUAAAAGAUUACUCCAACGCUCGAGGUCCAUGAAGCUAAUGUACCUAAUCCAACCACCAUUGAAGCCUCCGUUUUUAUCAGUAUAGUCUAUUAACUCUGAAUAUGGA